GUUAUCUGCCUCCUGUGGCCGCAACAUGACCGCUCUUCUCCGCCGUGCCGCGUCUGCAAAGUCGCGUCAAACCGGCGUACUAAUACCACCACGGUCGACGGAGGGAGGCGACGGCGAUGGCGCGGCAUUGCCAGGGCCACAUUGCGCAGUGCCUCGGCGGCAUCCUUGCUCGCCGCGGCGGCGCCACCGUCGCUGUGGACUCAGGCGGUCGCAGCAUCACCGGCGCGGAGUUCGUCGACGGCGUGCGGAGGCUGGCCGCGGGGCUCGUCGACCGCGGGGUGCGCCCCGGCGACGUCGUCGCCGCCGUCGCCUUCAACAGCAUCCAGUACGUCGAGCUGUUCCUCGCCGUCGCACACGUCGGAGCAAUCAUCGCCCCUCUCAACUACCGCUGGAGCUUUGAGGAGGCGGCGCAGGCGCUGGAGCUCGUUGAGCCAACGGCGUUCAUCUUCGCCGGCGUCUUCAGCUCUUGGGCGCUCCGACUGACGGCCAGCAACAAGUAUUCAUCCAUUGGCCUCUACCUCAUUCUGGGCCUGGGGGACGCUUGCAGCACAGGCCAUGCUGCAAACUUUGGAUUAGUUGAUCACAUCAAGAGGAGCGUGAGAGGACCUAUAGCGGCAGAGCCCGUAUCCGCUCCAAGGGAUGUUGCUUUGAUAUGCUUCACAUCUGGUACUACUGGACGACCAAAGGGUGUAGCGAUAAGCCAUACAUCUUUGAUCAUUCAAUCCCUAGCAAAGAUCGCCAUUGUUGGCUACGGUGAGGAUGAUGUCUACCUGCAUACAGCACCUCUGUGCCAUAUCGGUGGGAUCUCCUCAUGCAUGGCCAUCCUGAUGGCUGGAGGCUGUCAUGUCCUGAUACCGAAAUUUGAUGCCAAAUCAGCUUUCGAUGCCAUCAAGGAACAUGGAGUAACUUCUUUCAUCACUGUCCCUGCGAUCAUGGCUGAUCUACUGUCUUAUGCUCGAAAGGAGAGGAUAUCAAGCCCUGUGAUGAUAGUGACCAAGAUUCUGAAUGGUGGUGGUGGAUUGUCAGAGGAAUUGAUGGAUGGAGCUUCUCAAUUAUUUCCUCGUGCUGAUAUUUUCUCUGCUUAUGGGAUGACUGAGGCAUGCUCAUCUCUGACAUUCAUGGCUCUCAACAAACCAAAACUCCAAGAACCCAAGAACCAACCAGGCAACCAUUCUGGGGGCGUUUGUGUUGGUAAACCAGCACCCCAUGUCGAGAUACAAAUCGGCAUGGAUGGUAAUAACCCUAGUUCUUCGCCAAUUGGAAACAUCUUAACGAGAGGCUUGCAUACCAUGGUUGGGUACUGGGCAAACAAGAAGGUGGAUUCAUUAGAUUGUGUCAGGAACGGAUGGCUGGACACUGGUGACACUGGAUGGAUGGAUAGCGCCGGUAAUCUAUGGCUCAUGGGUCGGCAAAAGGGCCGCAUCAAAACAGGAGGUGAAAAUGUUUUCCCAGAAGAGGUUGAACUGGUGCUGUCCCAGCACCCUGGAGUAGCUAGAGUUGUGGUAGUUGGUAUACCGGAUAGUCGUCUUGGUGAGAAAGUUAUUGCUUGUGUUAGCAUCAGGUAUGGCUGGAAGUGGGUUGAUGCAAGAGCUGAGCACCAAGACGAAACCAAAGAAGUCUCUCCUCAGAUCCUUCAUGACCACUGCAGGAUGAAAAAAUUGAGCAGAUUUAAGGUACCAAGGUCAUAUUAUCAGUGGAGGCAGCCGUUCCCAGUGACCAGCACAGGCAAAAUCAGAAGAGAGGAGCUCAAGAGGGAAAUCUUAGCAACAAUGCAAAUACCCAGCAACUUGUAGUUUUUUGAGGCAAAGAUCGGUUUUAUUAUGAACCAAAUUGUGGAUCAAUUUGCUUUGAAUUUAAGUCUUGGGUUUAUCUGGUGUCUCAAUGACGUGUUCCUUUUCUUUUUAUCUUAAUUUUUUCAGUUGUGGUUGAUCAGGUUAGACUUUGAGAUGCUAGACAGAGAGAGAGAACAUGCAAAUGUGAGCGACUUUGACAACUGAAAUAUUGUCAUUUCUGAGCA